CCCCAACCCCACCUUUUUGGUAUCGAUGCCUUCAUCUUGAUCCCUAUAUAAAACCAUUCCCCCAUAACCCUCCAACCCACGUUUCAACUUGCAUACACAUCUAACGCAAGUUUUCAAGAAAAGAAUUAAUUAGCUGUGUUAACUGCCAAUUCCUUCUUUUUUUUUUUUCAAUGGCGGUAACUGCUAAAUCUCAUGAAGAUGUUAAGGUGGUGUUGAUUGAUACACAGUACGUUGAAACUGACGCCCUCAGCUUCAAAUCUGUAGUUCAAAGGCUUACAGGCAAGGAUUGUUGCGUUACAUGGAUAGAGGAGAGCUCGUUUUACGGUGGAAAAACCGAAACAAAGGUUGCUGUAAAGGGUGCAGCUGGGUCAUGUGGCACUGGACGCACUGCCACCGUGGGCGUCGGCUCUGGUGUUGGUCCUGGUGCUGGAUUUAAUGUUUCCAUGCUAACUAAGGGUUUAUCUUUUAAAGACUUGGAUAGAAUGAUCUUGGAGGCGCCGCCGGUGGACGAGUUGAAGUGGUUGUGGGCUGACUAGCUAGAAUUUGCAUUAUUUUCGGAUGUGUUUGAAUAUAUAUCUAUAUUCUCAUUUUUUUAUAUUAUUAAUUCAUCAUGGUUUAAUGUUGCUUCGUUAAAUCAAUAAUGAAGGUUUUUUUUUUUUCAAUUUUACAGAUUAUUUCCUUUUUUUAAUUCUAUUUUUUUUCCCAGAGGGAAUUAAUGAUUGAUUUACCUUCUUCGAUUCUAAAUUAAACACAUGCAGUUAAAGCCA